AUGCCGCGUCAAGAGGAUGCCUUCAAGCAAAAAGAUUCUAUCAUUUGCCAGAGGACACUUACCCGCGCGGCGACCCAAGGUCCAUCUACGAUUCCCGUGUUAAUUAAUCACAGUGAUGAAGAAACAAAGGCGAAAGAAGUUAUGCGCGAUGCAUUCCGAAAAGCUAUAGGGCGUGCACAGCGAGGAUGGUUCGACAAGGAGGAAGAUGACAUAAUCGAAACAAACUUUCGGUUCUUCUUUGUUCCAUAUUGGCUCGUACGUGCCGGUCUGUACACAAAGAUUGACCACGGCACCGACGAACUGGUUUUCACCGAAGGCCGCAUUGGUAUCGACAUAUCAUAUUCAACGUUUGGUUUCAAUCAUCAUGCACUGGACAUGCUUCAUUUCGAACCCGUCAAGGCAAAAGUACUUGAUGUCAAAGCGAUUGACACGCCGCCCAUGGAAAACGCCGUCUACAUUCCAUUCACUAAGGCACCCCCAUUUCAUCACCUCGGUUUCUACGAGAAGCUCUGCCAUAGCGAUGACCUCCUUCUCGAAGAACACAUCAGGCUGCGUCCACAACGGCUUACUGCAAAGAUCGCGGCGCGACCAGUUCUUGACACCAUUGCCUUGGCCGAAUUCGAAUACAAUCGUCAUCAUGUCACAGUUGCAUAUUCCCCAAGACUAGGGCGCGAUUCAAUAUUUGCAAAAGGCAAGUGGAUGGACCCCGCAGAAGCCAUUGGACCGUCAACGAUAGCCUAUUCUGUGGGUUGGCGAGGACUAGAUCCCAAAGAGUUGAAGAAAGAUGAUUACAAUAAUCUGAGGGGAAUACUUGAGGACCGAGCUCGAGUAUGGCUAAGUUCCGCUCAACAGAAGGAUGGCUCGACAAAGUUGGACGACCAGUUGUGGGAGAGUGAUUUGGUUGGAGAAGAGGCGUACAAAACAGUGCACGACUGGGCGGAAGCCAAGGUUCAGCUGUGGGACAACCGCCUGGACAUAGAGGAUUGGAAAAAGCUAUGA